UUUUAUUACACAUCGGUUCUGCUCGAGAGAGAGAGAGAGAGAGAGAGAGAGAGAGAGAGCGAUCAUGGCGUCGGGGGAGUGGCUGGAGAAGGCACUGCAGAACAUAUGCGGGAAGUUGAGUGGUCUGGACCUUGACGCCGACCUAAUCUCCGGUCUCGUCUCCUUCUGUGAGCUUGCGCCUCCGCAGGACGCCGCCGAUUACCUCGCUAAUAUUGUUGGUCGAGAAGCUGGUCAGGAUAUCAUUCAGGAGUAUUUGCUUAGGAGAGGUUAUGUGGAUUCCUCUAAUGCAAAUACAAAUACCCAAACUUCAGGCCUUCAAGCCUACAUGAAGCCUGCUGCAAAUGAGGAUUCGAGGAAUGCAACCAAGAAACAAACAAGAGCGCCAAAAGGCACCGGCAUAUCUAAUGUUCAGGAUAAGGUGAAUGUCUCUAAUGUCCCAGAUGCUAAAACUCUGACAGAACAUCAAGAGGCUAAAAGCAUUUCUAAGGGACAUUCUAGCACUAACAGUAGCAAAAAGAAAAAGUCCGGAAAAGUCAUCUCUCUUGCCGAGGCUGCAAAAGGUUCAAUUGUGUUCCAGCAAGGAAAGCCAUGUUCUUGCCAGGCUCGUAGACACAAGCUUGUGAGCAAUUGCUUGUCCUGUGGUAAGAUUGUCUGUGAACAGGAAGGAGAAGGUCCUUGCAGCUUCUGUGGCGUGCUUGUGUUGAGAGAAGGCAGCACAUAUGCUGGCCUAGAUGAACUUGUAGUUCCUCACUCUGAUGCUGAAGCUGCAGCCGAGGCAUAUGCCAAACGACUUGUAGAGUAUGACCGAAACUCUGCAGCGAGGACUACAGUUAUUGAUGACCAGAGUGAUUACUAUGAGAUUGAAGGGAACAGCUGGUUGUCUGCAGAGGAGAAAGAUCUUCUAAUGAAAAAACAGAAGGAAAUUGAAGAAGCAAAUGAAGCUCAGAGAAAGAAGGUCAUUGUGACAUUUGAUUUGCUUGGCCGCAAGGUCUUAGUUAACAGAGAUGAAGCCCCAGAACUUGAAUCAGAACACCGGAUUCUAAGACCAGUUGAAGAAAGAGAACUAAACCGUAUGAAGCCAAAUCCGACAGUUAAAAUACAACCAGUCCUUGUCAAUACAGGACCUUCUAGAAAACCAGUCAAGGGAAAACAGAAUAAGAGAGCAGCAAAUGGCAUAUGCCUAGAAAUCAGUGGGAGAGUGCAGCAUGAUGAUAAUGAGCUUCGUCGUCGAAUUACUGAUGGUUCAGUAGACAGCAGUUCUUCUAAUGAAGGUAUUUGGCAAGGUCCACUUACAACUGGUCUUUCUUAUGAAGGAGAUAAUCAUGAUUGUUCUCUUGAUUAUGAUUGAGAAUAAUCUUUAGUGUUGAAGGAUAUUUCUCAUCAAGGACUCAAGUGAACUUUGAAGCCUGGAAGAGCCAUGAAACUGAUUGGAUUUGAGGUGGUGUAAUUAACUAAAAAAGGCUUGCACAGACGAUGUUAUUGCAGCAAAUGAUGUUGUCAUUAUUAGUCAGUGCUAUUUUGGCAUUU